AUGAUAUUAAUUGACACGUUGCGUACAUAUUGCAACGAAAGUUUGAAUGAAACUGUAAGAGAUGACUUUGGAUGUCUUCGAGUUACUGUUCUACCUGUUCUACCGUGCAUAUUCUUCUGGCUCUUACUGCCAGUCUUUUGCGCACAGAUUUGUCGAAUACGACUAAAUGGAGGAAUGCGUUCUCAACCGCUGCCAUGGACUGCACUGUUGAUUACUAAAACUGUAUUAAUGAUAUGCUUAUUAGCAAGCGCAUUUGCAAGGCUUGUCAUUAACCUGCAUAAUAAUGAAAGAGGUGUAAAUAUAUUGCUUACUGAUUUGCUCUAUCCAGCUAUUAUUACAAUUACUAUGUUGGGCUUAUUUUGUUGUGUUUUAACGGCACGAAAAAAUGGAAUGAUCACUUCUGGGAUAAUACAUAUUACUUUGAUACUCUUCGUACUGUGUGACUUUCCGGAAUAUUUCUUUGAAUGGCAAGAAAUUAGCAGUUUUAUGUCAAUGCAAAACAUAGAUAAAGCUCGUUUUCUCGUCUGUCACUUGUGGUAUCCAUUUGUUACCUUUCAAGCCUUCUUGUUUUCAUUUGCCGAUUAUCGAGCGCCAUUCUUGACGAAAGCAAGAAAGCAACUGAAUUUGUCACCUGAACUGUAUAGCUCAUUCCUGAAUCGUUUGUCACUCUGGUGGUUUACAACAAUUCAGUUGCUUGGUGCUCGAAAAACAUUGGUUACUAAUGAUUUAUAUCAACUCAAUGAGGGUAGCACUGCUGAAUAUUUAUCUACCAAAUGGGAAGAACUGUGGAAUCCUGCUAUUGAGGAUUAUCGUAGAAGACAGAAAAUUUAUGAAAGUACAUCGCAAAACGACAACACUUCUAAAUGCUCUAAAAAAGAAAACAGACCGGAACCACCAUCAGUCGUGUGGCGAUUAUUUCUAAUGUUUCGUUUUGAAAUUUUAUCAGCAACAGCUAUUAAAAUCCUAUCUGAUAUGAUGCAACUUGCUAAUCCAUUUUUUCUCAACUUAUUGCUAAAUUACAUUUCAACUAAGGAUCGUAUCUUCAUGGAAGGCAUUACCUAUGCAGUGGCAAUGUUUGUAUGCGUUGAACUUCGCUCAUUUCUCCUCAAUUACUACUUUUACCUGAUGAUGCGAGUGGGUACCAAAAUUCAGUCCACAUUAAUUGCUGCUAUUUAUCGGAAGACUUUGAGGCUGUCGAAUUCAGCCCGAAGAGCUAGGACAGUGGGUGAGAUUGUGAAUUUAAUGGCAAUUGAUGUGGAGAGCUUUCAAUCUAUUACAGCACACGUACAGCAAUUCUGGUCAUCUCCAUUUCAGAUUAUGCUUGUCUUAAUAUAUCAUUUCUUUACCAUUGGAGCAUCAGCUGCUUGUGACAUUAUUGUCAUGACUCUGUUCUUGCCAUUAAAUAUUAUUACUUCAAUUAUUGUCAAAAAAUGGCAGACCGAACAAAUGAAUUUGAAAGAUCAACGAUUGAAAAUUUGUAAUGAAAUAUUGAAUGGUAUAAAAGUAAUCAAAAUGUAUUCGUGGGAACCACCAAUGGAAAAAGCUGUUGAGAGAAUUAGAAGCAAAGAGCUCUAUUUGAUUCGGAAAAUGGGUCUAACUAGGGCUCUCAUCGAUACUUUUAACACUUCUUCACCAUUCUUUGUAGCGGUGUUAACAUUUGCAACAUACACAUUGUCAAGUUCCACUCAUAUCCUUACACCACAAAUUGCUUUUGUUUCAUUAACUCUUUUUAAUCAGCUACGUUCACCAAUGGCAAUGAUCGCAUAUCUGAUGAAACAGGCAGUAGAGGCAGCAGUAGCGAAUAAACGGAUUAAAAGUUUUUUGGUGGCAGAUGAACUAAAUCCAUUAACUAUUGAUCUCAUCACUGAUCAAUUUGGUGGCAGAAAUGCAGUGGAAAUUCGAGAUGCUUGUUUGAGUUGGAAUGUUAGAGGACUGGAAACUGUAUUAGAAAUCGAUUAUUUAACGAUACCAAAGAGAUCUCUAAUUGCAGUGGUUGGCAGAGUUGGAAGCGGCAAAAGUUCUCUUCUUAGUGCCAUUCUAGGUGAGAUGGAGAAAUUGAAAGGUUGCAUUGGUGUGUCUGGCCAGAUAGCCAUUGUUAGCCAAGAACCGUGGAUUCAGAAUUCAAAUCUUCGAGAUAAUGUAUUAUUUGGAAAACAGUUUAAUCAAAAGUACUACGAUAAAAUUGUGGAAGCCUGUGCUUUAGUGAAAGACUUAGCAAUUUUACCAAACGGCGAUGCUACUGAAAUUGGUGAAAAAGGUAUCAAUUUAUCCGGUGGUCAGAAAGCUCGAGUUGCUCUUGCUCGGGCGGUUUAUCAAAACCGUGAUAAUUACCUGUUGGACGACCCACUAUCAGCAGUAGACAGCCAUGUUGGAAAACAUAUUUUUGAAAAGGUAAUUGGUCAUAAUGGAUUACUGCGACAUAAGACAAGAAUUUUGGUAACAAAUAAUUUGGUACAUCUGAAUAAAGUUGAUAUUAUUGCUUAUAUGCAAGAUGGUAAGUUAGCAGCAUUUGGUCCAUAUAAACAAUUACUCGAGCAAUCCGAGAAUUUCUUAAAAUUUAUUGAAGCAUGCAGGAGUGAAAAUGAAAAAGAACAAGAAUUGGAAAGUGAAAGUGCAACGAGUAAUUUGGAUGACAGUUCACACUCGAACAAAUACGAGGAAUCUGAAUCUGAGGAUGUUAAUAAGGAAAGUACCGCCAGACGAAUUUCGACUCUCUCAGUAUUGGAUCAAGGAUCGUCACGCAUUUCCCAUCAUCCUUCCAUAGCGGAAUCGCUUUUUGAAUCUUCGAUUGAUCCGAUGAGUAGUGGUGAGAAGGGAAAAGUAGGAAAGAUGACUGAAGUUGAGAAAGUGAAAGUUGGCAGGGUCAAAUUUGAUGUUUACAAGCAGUACGUUCGAUCGGCAACUGUUUCAACGUCACUUCUCUUUUUUUCUCUUUUCUUGUCUUAUGGAUUGUUUCAGAUGGGACGUGGAUUAUGGCUAUCUGAAUGGUAG